CCCUUCCCUCAGCAGGCCAAGGCUGGUGACAGCCUCCAUGUAUUUAAAGAGGACAAGAGUCCCUGUUACUCAGUUGAGCUGACAGAGACCAUACAAGCAGACUUGACCUUGGUCAGAAAGUCUUCAAGAUGCCAAACUGGGGCGGAGGCGCAAAAUGUGGAGCUUGUGAAAAGACUGUCUACCAUGCGGAAGAAAUCCAGUGCAAUGGAAGGAGUUUCCACAAGACCUGUUUCCACUGCAUGGCCUGCAGGAAGGCUCUCGACAGCACCACGGUGGCAGCUCAUGAGUCAGAGAUCUACUGUAAGGUCUGCUACGGGCGCAGGUAUGGCCCUAAGGGGAUCGGAUAUGGACAAGGCGCUGGCUGUCUCAGCACGGACACAGGCGAGCACCUCGGCCUGCAGUUCCAACAGUCCCCAAAGCCAGCACGUUCAGCCACCACCAGCAACCCUUCCAAGUUCACUGCAAAGUUUGGAGAGUCAGAGAAGUGCCCUCGCUGUGGAAAGUCAGUCUAUGCUGCUGAAAAGGUCAUGGGAGGUGGCAAGCCUUGGCACAAGACCUGUUUCCGUUGCGCCAUCUGUGGGAAGAGUCUGGAAUCCACCAAUGUCACUGACAAAGAUGGGGAACUUUAUUGCAAAGUUUGCUAUGCCAAGAAUUUUGGCCCCACAGGCAUUGGGUUUGGAGGCCUUACACAGCAAGUAGAAAAGAAAGAGUGAAAAGGUGCACCCUUUCUCAUAACCUUCAGCAGCCGAAAGCAUUGCCAAGUAAUCCUGCAGACCGAGAGCUUUCCCCAAACAGCCUCGUUUGUAGUUGGACGGCCUUUCUCUUCAGAAGUGAUCAUAGGCUCUACCCAAAGUGAGAAGAGACUUUGGAAGAAAUUACUUAAAAUUUAAUCUGCAACAGAUGCUUUACUAUUUACGGUUCUUAGGGUGGAAGAGGCAAUGAAUAAAUGUUUUAGUGGUACCUUGUAUAUCUCUGCAUCUUUGGUUUUUUUUUUUUGGAUAGAGGGAGAUUUUCAAAAAACACACAACUAGUUUAAAAAACUAGCUGCAGAGAAUGAAUUUAGAUGUCAACUUGGAAAGGAAUAAGAAGGAAGAAACAA